AUGAUUGCCGCUAGAUUUAGUCAUGCAUUUACCUACAGAAGACUUGCACCUCUUACUGCCCUUCGCACAUACGCGAAUGGACGUCCACAUCCUCCAGGUGGUACACAUCGCAUGGACAUGAGUGGUGGAGAACAAAAGUCCGCCCUCGAACAAUAUGGUGUCGAUUUGACUGCGCGAGCAAAGGAGGGAAAAUUAGAUCCAGUAAUUGGCAGAGAUGGAGAAAUUAAUAGGACCAUUCAAGUACUGUCACGGCGAACGAAGAAUAAUCCAGUAUUGAUCGGAAGUGCAGGAACAGGAAAGACGGCGAUAUUGGAGGGUCUAGCGCAACGAAUAGUCAGAGGCGAUGUGCCAGAGAGUGUGAAAAACAAAAGAGUAAUAUCUCUGGAUCUUGGACAGCUUAUUGCCGGAGCAAAGUUCCGUGGUGACUUUGAGGAAAGAUUUAAGUCCGUUUUGAAAGAGGUUCAAGAGGCUCAUGGUGGCGUGAUUCUCUUCGUAGAUGAAUUACACACUUUGCUGGGACUGGGAAAGGCUGAAGGAAGUAUUGAUGCAAGCAAUCUUUUGAAACCUGCACUAUCUCGGGGUGAACUGCAAUGCUGUGGAGCAACCACGCUCAAUGAAUAUCGGCUAAUUGAGAAGGACGUCGCCCUGGCAAGACGCUUUCAGCCUAUCCAAGUCAACGAGCCCACGAUUCAAGACACAAUUAGUAUCUUGAGAGGUAUUAAAGAGAAGUAUGAGGUGCACCAUGGAGUUCGCAUUACAGAUGGAGCCCUUGUUGCUGCCGCUACCUAUAGCAAUCGAUAUAUCACAGAUCGCUUCUUGCCCGACAAAGCAAUAGACCUCAUGGAUGAAGCUGCAAGUGGCCUGAGGUUACAGCAAGAAAGCAAACCGGACGACAUAAUGCAGCUUGACCAAAAGAUUAUGACGCUCCAAAUCGAGCUUGAAAGUCUAAGGAAGGAAACAGAUAUCGCUAGUAAGGAACGGCGUGAAAAGCUCGAAAAUGAUCUCAAAGAAUGUCAAGAAGAAGCAAAAGUAUUGACAGAAAAGUGGGAGUCAGAAAGGUCCGAAAUUGAUGCCAUCAAAAAGACAAAGGAGGAUCUCGAGAAAGCUCGUGUUGAACUGGAUCAAGCACAGCGUGAAAAUAAUUAUGGUCGUGCAGGAGAGCUGCGUUAUUCUAUAAUUCCGUCACUGGAAGCGAAGUUGCCGAAAGAUGGAGAGAAGGGCGUUUCUUCCGAAGGCUCUUUGAUCCAUGAUGCUGUAACGGCCGACGAUAUUGCAGCCGUUGUAUCACGUGUCACUGGCAUUCCUGUCACGAAAUUAACUUCUGGGCAUGCUGAGAAGCUUAUUCAUAUGGAAGAUACUUUGCGAGAAUCUGUUCGCGGUCAAGAUGAGGCACUUAGAUCGGUCGCAAAUGCGGUUCGAAUGCAACGAGCAGGCUUAAACGGCGAGAACAGACCGCUUGCAUCGUUUUUCUUUCUCGGUCCAACAGGUGUGGGAAAGACUGAACUUUGCAAGAAGAUGGCAAACUUUUUGUUCUCAACCGAAUCAGCUGUUGUCCGGUUCGACAUGAGUGAAUUCCAAGAAAAGCACACAAUUUCUCGGUUGAUAGGUAGUCCCGCUGGAUAUGUUGGAUAUGAUGAUGCCGGGCAACUUACUGAGGCCGUCAGAAGAAAACCCUAUGCAGUUCUCCUGUUCGACGAAUUUGAGAAAGCACAUAGAGAUAUCUCUGCUCUGCUUUUGCAAGUACUAGAUGAAGGCUUCUUAACAGACAGUCAAGGCCACAAAGUCGAUUUUCGCAACACGCUAAUUGUUUUUACAUCAAAUCUUGGCGCAGACAUCCUCGUUGGUCUCAAUCCUUUGCAUCCAUAUAAAGAAGAACCAAAUGGUGAUAUUGCGCCUUCUGUCCGCAACGCCGUAAUGGAUGUUGUUCAGCACAAUUAUGCACCUGAGUUUCUCAACCGUAUUGACGAAUUCAUAAUAUUCAAACGCCUUUCUAACGAAGCUCUCCGAGACAUCGUCGAUAUCCGACUUCGAGAACUUCAGAAGAGGCUAGACGAUCGACGAAUAAUACUUGAAGUAGAUCAAGAGGUUCGCCAAUGGCUUGCCGACAGAGGAUAUGAUCCAAAAUUUGGAGCGCGGCCGCUAAACAGACUCAUAUCCAAGGAGAUCGGUAAUGGAUUGGCUGAUAAAAUCAUCAGGGGAGAAUUGAAGACGGGCGAAACAGCGGUGGUGAAGAUUAAUGCUGAAGGUAAUGGCUUAGAUGUCGAGAGCGAGGGGGCCGUGGAAGUGUAA